GGAUAAGUUGAGUUUCUCGCGCGAGUUAUGGCUUCGUCUACUUGCGUCAGGAAGUCUCUGUUGUCACUCAGCAGCUGGAAACACAAUAAUGGCGGCCCCUCGCCUUCAGCCGUUCCACCGUCGAAGGAACGUAGCGACAGUAACGCCAGCUGUCAGACGACCUCGGCACUUGCUCUGGCCACCUCCAACAUGGUCGACUUCUGGAACCGCGUCUCUCAGCAGAUGGCGUACAUAGAUGGCAGCACUGGCAGUCCAUCGCUAAUAGAUGGCGGCAGUACACGAAGCUCUCUGCCCAACGAGUGUUUACGAGACUCUUUGGUGCCCAGCGCCGAUAAUCGCAGUUCGUCACUCCUAGACGAACAGAACCUCAGGAGCGAUUCGGUCCUUGAAGAGAUCUAUUGCGAACGCAGUGCGUCAGUCCUAGACGACGGAAACAGUCACAGCGUAUCUCUACUAGACGGUGGCAACGAUCUGAUAAGCUCUUCUAUUCGUGAAGACGUAAUCGGCCCGCUCCGUUCGUCAGAUAUAUCCCAUGUCGAGGUGAAGAAACCUUUCAAACAAAGACGUCCCACUGAAAUUACCUCCCCUCUGUCGUACAAAUCCUGCUCAGGGUCUCGCCACACUGCGACUACCUGCUCCUUAGAAACCUCCCCAACACUGUCCCCAACAAGGCUGCACAGGGUCCACAGUUCGACCCUUCAUCGCCACAUCAACCCCCAGACGACACCUCACAUAUCCUUCCAGAAAGAGGCGAGUGUAGUGACUGGGGAUCAGGAGAAGAGAAGCCGAAACAAGCCGUGGUACCGGAGGGCGUCUUCAGCGGACAAACAGCCGAAGAACAGUGCCAGCCUCGACAGCAAUCAAACCGACGAAGACCAAAGCGCGAUCUGGCACCACGUGUUCAGGGAAGUUGAAUCUGUGUACGCUAAGGACGGCGAGCGAAGUGAAACGAGCUACAAAAACUAUUUCAAUGACGAUGAUGAUUAUUAUUAUUAUGAUGACGACUACGCGAAGGACGGGAUGGAGCUGGAAUUGCUACAGCCGACGGCGGAUUCUGGUUCUGGCAAGGCACGGCCACUCGGUGGCACGGCCGUCAUCCCCAGCUCUGCCACGUCAACCUCUGUAGUAAUGGAGACCGCGUCCAUCGGUGGGGGCAGGGUGACUACAAGAACGAGACUGCGCAGGUACCAGCAACAAUUCAGCUUCUGCGCAGGAGACAGGAGAAUGUCUCAACCUUUCGACAUGUACAGCUGCGUUACCAAGAAGGCGAGCAGCUGGGAGGAGAGUGAGGCCGUACAGCGUCGUCGAAGCGUCAUGAUGGCUAUAAGCGGCAUGGAACACCUACACCAAGUCCAUCUACCGACAGCAAACUGUACUCUUGCGACGUCUUGUCCCGGCACCGCUGGUCUGCUGAUGCUUCAACCCACCUCAUCGGAGUUGCAGCUGCUCGAUAAAAGAGACCUCCGCUAUUACUUCCAGCAUCCCUACCCGCGACUUUUCGUCACGUAUUUCGUCAUUUUCUGCAAUUUCUUGCUGUUCGCCGAGGACCCUAUCUCACACAGCCACACUGAGUCAGACAUCCCGAUGGUGGGUAAUGUUUUCAGCUUUGUCCUGACGAAGUACCCUCCCGAAUGGCGCUGGUCUCUUAUAAAGGUUUUGAUGUGGCUCCUGGCGAUCUUGUGCGGAAUGGUGCUGGGAAAACUGAUCAUCCACGGCUACCUCUGCGGCAGGCUUCUUCGGCUCAAGAUGUUUCGCGACGAUCAGGGCUCUUGGAUGACUAUGUUCUUCACCGUCAUCGUGUCGCUGUACGUGUUCUCUCACGCCUACAAUCUACUCCUCUUGGUCUGGUACGACAACCCUCUGUACCAAAUCACCAGUCACAUGGGUGUCACCAACGCCAGCGUCAUGAAGGCUGCAGCCUGUGGCACGUGGUUGGGAGACCUGAUCACGGCGCUCGUGGUGACCGACAUGAUGCUACAGGACAACCUGUACCCCCAGUGGGCGUCUUACUUCCGUCAGAUUUGGCGCCGUUCAAACAUUCCCCGUAUCUUCAUAUUUUGGGUGGGCUCCGUCGUGGCGACCUCUGUCGUUGUGACGCUCAUCGUCAGCGAUUGGAUCUCUUGGGACAAAUUAAACAGAGACUUCGUUGCAACGACAGAGGUCUCCCGAGCGUUCCUGGCUUCUUUCAUCCUAGUCAUGGAUCUGCUGAUUGUGAUGCAGGACUGGGAUUUCCCCCACUUCACUACAACCCUUCACGUCAACCUCCCUGGCUUCAGCGUUGCAACUCUUAAUUGGAAGUAUGCUGAAGUCGAUAUAACGGGAAAAUGGUUCAACUAUGGAAUUAUAGUUCUCGUGAUGCUGCUGGACCUCAACAUGUGGAAGAAUCAAAUAUUCUACAACCCGAAGGACUUCGGGCAAUACACAGGUCCGGAUGACAAGAUUCGUACAGUGAAUGACCGAGAGCUCCUGGAUACUCGGAACACGUCUUACUGGACAUGGGAGAGUAGGACGCACGUUAACUCGGAAACAGGUCUGCCUUAUUACGAAGAUGACAUGCAAAUGAAUUCCCGUUUCAUGAACUACCCCUUGUCUGUCAAGUGGACAGCUUUCAUCCCUUCAGUGAUAGGAAUGGUGCUCUUCGUGUCUCUAGUGUCACUGUAUGGGCGUUUCCCCGCACAUCAGCCUCAAGGUCAGACACAAAACCUGAGUCCAUGCCGAGGCCCACGAGGAAAGGACCCCAACUCUCGGUAAUCUCGGCAAAGCAGGAAAAUCAUCUUCUACAAAUGUGUGAUGGACGUUGUGUUGAAGUUUAUAUUUGAAAUUAUGAUCACGAUGUUGGUAUCUGUGACUACAACAAAAAUUAUAUCUUCUACCUAAAUUUCUGUGAUUGAUUUAUUGAAAUAAAAGUUUUAUGGGUAAAA